CGGAAAUUUGAAGAACUAGGCAUCUGUUGUCGGCCAUUGGAGUAUUUUGUGCUUGUUCUUCUGCCGUUGGCAAGUCGAUAUAUUCGCGCGUUGUCUUGUAAGUAGUAAGCUCAAGAUGAAACAUUCGUAAUGUAUUGUGUUAUGUUUUAAGUUUAGUUUCAAUUAUUGUGAAUUGAUUAAGUUAUGGAAGUGUUUAGCUGUGAAUGUCUCACGUAGGAGGCGAGCGGUGAGUUGUGCCGUUGUUUGAUGCAGCCUUGUGUGAGUUAGCGUUACCCGCCUAUUUUGUUGGGAUUUGAGGUCAAAUCUUAUUUAACAAAUAAACGUACUUUUAUUCGCCAGUAACACAACAUGGAUCCCAAUGAUACAGUGCCAUCGGGUGCUUUUUCAGAAGAGGAGAAGCUUCCUGAAGGCAUUGAUGAAGACGCUAACUGGUUUAGUAAAAAUUUAGGCGAUGAAAGUGAUAAUACAGUUGAACAUGAAGUUCUUAACUCAGAAAUAAACCAAGAUGAACUUGCUGUUGAAUUAGAUGGAGCAAAUAAAGAACAUGAAAAAUCAACAGAAGAAAUCAUGGAAACAGAUUCACAAUCUGAACUACUUCCUGAGAUUGAUAGCUCAGUAAAAUCUCAUCAAGUAACGCCAUCAAAGAAAGAUGAACUUACUGAUUUGAAAGAUAUUGCUAUGGAUAGUAAAAAGCAUGAUCUUAGUAAUGAAUUAAAGGAGAUGUUUGAAGAAAAGAGUAGUGAUGCCGAAGAGCUUCAUGAAUCGACAUUGACAGCAAAACAUUCACUCGAUACAGAAAUCAUUAAGGAAGAUAAGCUUAAAGAUAUAGUACCAGAUGAUAUUCUUGGUAAGGAUGAUUCUUUUGACGAACUUGAUAAUGAUGCACUCCAUCAAGAAUUAGAGGCACAUUUGUCAUAUGAAAAAAGUAAGGAAUUAAUAGCAGAAUUGCCUGAUACCAGUGCAGAUUUACACGAUGAGAUCUCUGCCCCUCAAGUGGAAGCCAGCACCGAUCAAGGUGAGACCGUACAAGAAUUACAGUCAGAACCUGAAGAGUCUAAAUCUCUUGAUGAUUUGAGCUUUGAGAGUAAAUCUGAAUCUGAUUUAUUAAAAGACCUUGAGAAAAGUAAAUCUGAUUUGUUGAAAAACCUUUCUGAAAGUAUGGGAACAAAGGAGAUUGAUGAGAUUAUAGAUCAAGGCAUGCCGAGUGAAGAAGAAAGUAGCAAAGAUAUGCCAUCAGAUUUAAAAGAGAUAGCAUCUAGCUUAGAUGACACUUGUGUCACCGAGUUAAAAGAUGAUAUAGAAAAUCAACUACAGAACAUAACUGGAGAUACUUCUGAAGAACAGAGCAACACAGCGAGCGAAGAAAUAGUGAGUCAGGUAGAUAAAUCCAACAUAGAACUGAACCAAGAGAAUAUGAUGGUUGAAUUCACCCAUGACGGUGAAAACCAAGUUUUAAUUCAGAUUAAUAAUGAACAGACCGAUACGGCCACUGAAGAGACUGAAAAAGGUGAUUCAGUAGUAAUGGAAACGUCCGACGGUCAGACAUUAGUGUUCUCAACUCAUUCAUUAGAGGCAGACUCCUCAGAGAGUGACAUGGUGUCUCAAGUUGAAGGUGGGGCAGAGUUCUUGCAGGCCGUCACCGGUAAGUUGGAGGACGUCUUAGUGCCUGUUAAGGAAGAACCACUGAAGACAGAAGUUCUAUCUCCAGCACAGCCAGCCUCCCCAGUAUCACAGCCAACUACAGCUACCGCUGCCAAAAAGGAACCAGUGAAGGAGGAUUCUCCCAAGUGCUGCAUCACAACUUGUAAGAGUGGAAAAUCUACACUGAGAACGACUUACCGUUACUUUAAGCCCCCAGUCAACAAGAUAUUAUACAAGAAGUGGGAGUAUAUAUUCAACCAAGCCAGACAACAGAUAAGUCCGACAUCUUUAAUUUGUGAACUACAUUUUCGGACUGGGCUCAUCUACAAGAGAGGGGUAGAUAAGAAUGGUAAAGUGGUUUGGGCACUGAGAGAGGGUGCACUUCCCAAGCUGUCACCAUCUGGAGUUUUGCGAGUAGCCGGAGGGGUGAUUCCACCACCAUCCACAACAGUUCAGGUGGCAAAAAGACCUGAAGGGAUCGUGAAAAGUCCAGUCUUGAAGCCAGUUGCGACUCCUUUAACAGAAGUAAAAACCAGCCCCAAUUCUUCAUUGGUCAAUGCAAAGCCCACUGUCUCAACUCCCAAAGUCCUCGGCAAGAAGAUCCUGCAGAAGCCGAUCAAAACAGUGGCCACCAAGGUUUCCAGUGAGGUUACGGAUAUAGGAUUUCUCUACAAAAACCCGGAGUUAGUCAAAGUUGCUCAAGAUGAGAUCGCCAACAUGGACCUGCUGGUGUGUGGAGAAUGUCACUCUGUGUUCCACAUCCUCGAGCUGUUCCAGGCCCACAAGAUCGCUGACAACUGUAGAGGCGAGUCCAACUUCAAGGGGAACCCUGCGGAGCCUAAACCUCAAGUCUGGGCAUUUCUUUUGUGGAAAAGUGCUCAAGCCAAAGUUUCAGAUGUGGAGAGUUCGUGGAAGUUGUACCAGAGGUGGUGUAAGAUGGAUGACCUGAUCAGAAACACAUGGAUCGCUGCUGGCAAGGCACUCCAGGAGAACUGCUCCAUCGCCGCACUCAAGCUGGUAGACAACCCUAUAACCAAGAAUAAAGUGGGUCGUCCGCCGUUGGUGCGUGAGAGAGAAUCUGAUGACGAAGACUAUACAACAGUGCGCAAGGGAAAGAAGCCUAAAAUACAAGCAACCAUGAAGAACACUCUUUCAGAAGCAAGCCAUGAGGAAGACUUGGGUGGUGCUGGCGAUGCUUCAAGCUUCGUUGAGUUUGAGCCGAUGGAAGGGGAGGACACCCACGUAUCACCUGCAAAGCCCAUGGAGGAUGCUCAAGAAGAAGACAACACACUGGAGGAACUGAAGCGAGCCACUCCGGAGAUGAUCACUGCUGAAGUGGAAAUCAAGCAGGAGGUUAUGAGUGAUGAUGAACACGGAGAGAACAAAGAAAAUGAUACGAGACAAAACAAAGAGCUGGACUUGUUUUAUUCAGCUGAACCUGAUGAGAUUCAGAACUGUAGCAAAUGCAAACUGCCAAUAACAAACAUGAAGGGUGCAAUUUUCUGCUCUACAAGCUGUUACGAAUAUUUUCACGUAGAGUGCACACGGCUCCAGACUGUCAAAGCUUUGUCGAAGCUGGGAGGCAAGAAACUGAUGUGGAAGUGUGACAAUUGCCAAUUUGGUGAUGGAAAUACACCAAAACGAAAGGUGAAGAUACCGGGAAAGUAUGUACAGACAGCAAAACGUGUGAGUUGGAAAGAAGAUCAGCUUAAAAGUGCCCUGAAGGCUGUAAAAGGCGGAUGCCCGAUUAGAAAAGCUGGCAGGAAAUUCAGGAUCCCAGAGUCUACACUCAGAGAUCAAAUGAAACUUAUUCCGCCUGUUACUAGUGAACCUGUAAAAUCGGCUGUGAAGGAUCUCACCCAGAAACAGCCUGAGGAAGAGGAAUUUGUGGUAGAGAAGAUUGUGUCUCGAAGAUAUAAUAUCAAAAAGAAACACUUUGAAUACCUGCUCAAAUGGGAAGGAUAUCCUUCAGAACAGAACACCUGGGAGCCUGCAGAGAAUCUGGGUACCUGCCAGCACCUGCUGAAGGCUUUUGAGGAGGCAUUGGCUAAGCAGCAAGCAGCCAAGCAGGCGAAAGCUCCUGUGAUCAAGCAGGAAACUCCGUACAAAGUCAAACCCCCAGUCAUACCCAGGAAGAGAGCUGAGCCCAGCACUCCGGGGCCAAGCACUCCCGCAAUGACAAGCACAGGAAGACCAGUGCGUAGCAGCAAACAAAAGGCAAUGGAUCAAGUAAAAGUUUGGUGUGGUUCUAUUGUCAAACCUUCCGAAGAUGACCAUGUAGGAUUGAAGAGGAAGGCGUCUUCGGACUCUGACUUUGAGGAUGAUGAAGAGGUGGUGAUCAAGAGAGUGAAGAUAGAAGCAGAGAGUGAGGACAGUGAUGUUGACAGUAUGAAGAGGGUGGAGAAGGUGGCUCCUACUCCUGUCAGGGGGCGGGGAAGGCCUCCAGGUGGUGGAGCUGCAGCGAGAUUAUCUGCACAAACCCCUAAGGCUGUGGUCAACGGAGACAAGAGAGACAACUUGGCCGCAGCUCUGGGACUAGAAUCUGACGAAGAGGAUGAGGAUGACAUUCCGCCAGCUGCUACUUCCGCUCAGAAGUCUCCUGUUGUCCGUAAAAUGUCGUCACUUAGCGCACACAACCAGCAGGUUCUCGUUGCAAGUGCCAAAGGAGUUGUAACUGUGGACCCCAAGAAAGUGCCCAAUCUAUCUUCUGGAGUCUACAUAAUGUCCAACAAGUCUGGAAUAGUCAAGGUGGAUAAUGACAAGACGCUCACCACCCUACAGAAAUCUGGUGUACUGAAAAAGCCAUACCCCAUGUCAUCAAAGCCAGAGAGUCCAGCCGCCACCCAGAAGCAGUCGGGGGUGGUUGUUCUGCCCAAGUCAGAAGGGGGUACACCUCAGCAGAAAGGCGUGUUAAGGAAGACUCCUAUCGCCACUCCCACAACUCCCAGUACUCCCAACCGACCAGCUGGGCUACUUAAGCCGCUGAGGUCUGGGGCCAACACCAGGCCUCUCGGACUGCUCAAACCUCCGGUCCCUGUCAACGCCACCAACACUACUCCCGCCACCCCAACCGUGACAGUGUCUCCAACCACACCUCCACCUCUGUCUCCCAUUUCAUCACCAGCUUCCAGGCCCGUGGGGCUCCCCGCAGGGGUGAACGCCAAGAUCCAGCAGGUGGUGAGGCCCAGAAACACAAUCCCCAUACGAGGACGGCCGGUGGCCAGCCCCCUGCUGAAGAGGCCAGUGUCUGACAGUCCUGGCCUGCAGGCCUCUGUGCAACAAAAGUUGCUGAUCGCCAAAAAGAAGGCAGAGACGGAGGGAGGUGAGCCUGGAGUCACUCUAAUCAAGCCAUCAGUGUCCAUCUCUCCAGUGAAGAAGUCUCCUGUGGACACUCCGGUCCUGGUGAAGCCCAAGAUAGAGUCGGGGACCACCACGACCCCGCCCUUGUUACCCCCUAUCAAGAGCACCAAUAAGGUGUUUGCUCACCCACUCCUCAACCGUGGCAGAGGGAGGGGAGGCUACCGCGGCAGGGGGAGAGGUAACAGUCUGGGCCAGCUGCUGCAGGUCAGCCAGCGGGAACCUCCUGAGCCGAUCAAAGAGAGCAAACUGGUGGAGAGUGACAACCUGCUGAUGGAGUUCCAGGAACCAUCUGACAGUGAGGAAUCUGAUGAUGGAGUGAUUGAUCCAUUCCCUAAGCCAGAUGAGUUGCCCCCAAUAGAGCCAGACAGCCCGCCACGGCCACUGAGUCUGUGCCCAUUGACGGGCAAGGUGCUGUGUAAGGCGGAGGGUGAAAAGACACCGGAACCCACCCCACCGCCAUCUCCUCCUGCACCGACCCCACCACCUGCUCCGUCACCUCCUCCUGCAUCCACCGAGCCCACACACAUUCUGCCUGAUAUGGAGACCGAUGAGAAGAACGAGUUGGAAUCUCAAGAGUCCCAGGAAGCAGUUGCUGUAGUACCCCCCACUUCAGUGGCGGUCACUCGCACUAUUGCUCCCUCCAACACCACCACCGUUGUCAAGGAUGGAAUGAUUUGUAAGGUUGAGAUGUCACCAGGAGGUACGACAGGAACAUUAGUGGAGGCGGUCAGUGUCACGCCGCCAGGUGUCACAGAGGGAACUGUCACCAUCAAGAAGCCUCUAGCUUCACGCAACAGGCUCAAUAGAGGACCCCAGCUGUCAGUGAUGCCUAGUAACAGUACCAGCACGUCCCUUGGUACCAUCACCGUCCCUGCCCGCAAACUUUUCCAGGAAGAGAGUGGUGAGGACGAUAUCGUUACUAUUACAGGAGAGGACGGGCUCGUCUACCAGGUGAGCAACUCUGAACUGGCAGGCAACACGUUACUGGUGAGUGAGGAUGGACAGCAACAGUGUGUCUAUGUGACCACCGACGGCGAGGGAGAGGAUGGCUCCACCAUACUGACCUUGGACACAGCGUACGCGGACGCAGUCGCGCAACUAGGCACUGACCAGGUGAACAUACUGUCAACGGAAAAUGGGGAGCAGUUCUACAUCAAGGAAGGGGAGGAGGGAGGGCAGCUGAUGGCGCUGGAGGGUGAGGAGGGCGUGGCUGCCGAUGACCAGAGUGGACAGGUCGUAGCUCAGCUGGUGGAGGCAGGAGAACCGGCCCCUGGUGGUUCGAGAAGAGUUGUCCUGCUGCUGCCGGAUGGGAACCUUAUGAUGACAGAAGUAGACGAGGAGCAAUACGCUGCGCUAGAUCUCGACAAAUAAAUGUUUUAUCAGCCAACAACAACAAAAUGUACAGAAACCCUGAUUCUUCACUAUCCAUAUUGUUUAAAAGCACUGAUAUGCCUAGGGCGUUAGUUUUGCAGUAUAUCUGUAUUGUUAAGCCAGUCAUAUUUACAACAUUGUAAAUAUAGACAGUACGUUCAUUUUAUACUUGUUGUAUAUACAUAUUAUAUUAGUUAUGGUCCAGGGACUCACGUCUCUUUUCAUGAUGAAAUUGUACAGAGAUUUAUAGAUUUUAUAAAUUAAAAUGUUAUGUUAAAUAAUGUGUUUUUCUGUAAAAUUCUUAAUACGAUUUUGUGAUAAAGUAUGUUUUGUAUAGUA